CUUGGCUUCGUCCGACUCUGCCUGAUGCUCUCCAGACGCGCUCUUUCGCUAGCUUUUCGCAGCAGGACUGCUCUACGGACCUUCUCGCUUUCUUCGGUCUCUCGCGAUGCUGGGCUUGUGUCUCCCCAGGUCAACUAUGAGGAGAAAUACGCGGAGAAACUGCGACGGAGAGCUCAAGAACGGGGAAAGAGCGUGGAACAACUGCGCGCAGAGCUGAAGGAGCAAGAACGGCAGCGUCGGUUGCAGAAAGCAAAGGAGGAGAGCAGUAGGACCUCAGGAACGUCGGAGAGUCCUCUUCCAGCCAAGUCUUCACCUGACGCGUCGUCGGCCACACUCCCUCCCUCUGUCAGCGCUGCUCGCAAGGAUAGCUCCCCUGUCAAGGCACUCUCCAGCAUAUUCAACAUAGAGAAGAUCCUGCAGGCACCCCAUACGCCUGAGCAGAUAUCUGUACUAUGGCGUGCCUACCACGCUUCUCGCUCCGGAGGUACAGGUCGGGGCUAUCUGUGCGCCGCGCUCCCCGUCGAGACAUACGAGAAAAUGUUGGAGGUUGCUACGAAGCACCCGAGAUUCGUGAUUCCAGUGCCCCGGGCAAACGCGCAACUCGAAGAGGGAUCCACACAGCCGGCGUAUGAGUUCUACCUAAUGGAGUGGGGCUUCCAUGGCUCUCCGCAGGAGCCCUCUACCAGCGCGGACAUCUUUGCGCGUCCCAAACCCUCUUCAAAUCCGCAAACUUCCACCAUCCUCUUCACGCCGCUCCAAGAAUACAAGCAGCGGACGUCAUUCGCCACUCCCUACCUCGUGGUCACACAUUACACCGAUCUCGCGAAGACGCACGGACUAGUGCUGCUCCGUGGAGAAAUCACGCCGUCGACGGCGUCGUCGCCCAACGUGGGAGCUGGGGAGGACAACGGACGCUACAUGCUGAGCCAGCAGGAUGCGCAACUCCUCGCUGUGCACGUGCAGAGAUUUUACCUCUGGAGCGAAGGAUCAGAAGCACGCGCUGCGCUUUUGAAAGCGUUUCACGAAACUCCCGCUGAGUUCAAAUGGGAAGAGCUCCUGAAACAUACGGACUUCGCGGCAUGACCGGGUCUGCAAUCGGACUCGCGUCAACUCCGAUUACCCUCGCGAAUGGGGAACGGACGCUCAACCGGCGGUACGACUCUACAGAGUCCGCAGUCACAUAGAUAGAACGGUUGGUCGUCUAGAUAUCCAUCGAAAAGCUGUCAUUGGCCUCAUGCACUCCGCUCGCUCC